UGUGGUGUGAAGUCAGUUAUUGGCACCAUUCUCUUACCUUGCUUUUUGUUGAAACUUUGGACCGAUCCCAGCCGUUCACGCAACGCAAGGAACGUGAUGAUUACCAUUGUUCGCUUUCAAAGGAAACCUCUUCUCUCGAGCGACUAGUCAACGACAUAAUUCAAUCGUUAUUUGAAUGUUUGGAAUAAUGCGGUCGUUAACGGUCGAAUUCUUUGCUGUAAAUUGUUAAAGAGCACGCAAAAAUGGCUUCUAAAAGACCUUUGGUUAAACAAAAAGUGACUUAUGGCUUCUCGGAAGAUGGAAAUUUGUAUGAAAACGAAGACGAUAUCUCUGGCAAGCAAAGUUUAACAAAACGCGUUUCGUUUCACAAUCAUGAGCUGAGUGACUCAGAUUCGGAUGAAGAGAAUUCCCUCGGAAGGAUAAAUCGCUCAUCUUCAAAGCCUGCUGGGGACUCCCUUGAUGGUCUUUUCAGGGAAUCGGACUCUAAAGAAAAGGAAAGCCUUGUAGGGUUGGCAAAGGCAGCAUCCCCAGGAAGACCGAGAUCAAACGACAAGGGGCAACCCAGGCCUGUCCCAAGAUCUCGUCCAACUAUUUCAGUAAAAAAGUCGCAGUUGGAAGGUUUUUCUGUAACUUCUACUCAGCAGUCAUCAGAUGAAGAAGAGGGGAACAUGUACACUGUAAAAAAAUCCAGUGAAACAAUUAAGACAAAGGAUGGAUACCCAGUCCCACCUCCAAGAACUUCGCCAAGGCAGCAUUCAGAAAGGACUUCUUCAUCAAAUGUGGUUUCACCCAGACCUGUGCCACGAUCUAGGCCAGCUUUGUCCCCUAGAGAAGGACAAUCAAAAUUGUUUCAACAAGACUCUGGUUUAUUGAAAGAUGAUAUGAUCAGAAGAGUCAGAGAUAUUGAAGUUCCUGAAUUCAAAGAAUCUAAAAAAGCAGCAGAUAAACCUGUGGCUCCUUUGAGAAGGAAAAAGACUCUAGAGGAAACACAUGAAGGUACAAGACCUCAGAUUACCAAAACUAUUAUUUCCACUUUUGAGGAUGAAAGCCUGGCUCCAGGCAACAAUGAUGGGAGAGCAAUUGAACAAGAUGGGAACUUGAGACAUGGGAAAGUUAGAAAAGUCAAAGAUCGACCUAUGAUUUCAGGACCAAGGUCAGAUUCCUUUGAGGAAUUAGAAAGUGGAGAUGAUACAGAAAUAGUUAAUAACAGAAAAGGUUUCUAUGGCAGAGAGUAUCAUGAGGAAGAUAAAAGUUACCAAAGGGCUCUGACAGACUCUUCCAAAGGACUUGAAAGGGUGUCACCUAAACCUUCACCUCGAAAUCGCAAACAAAAUCAUCAAGAGGUAGAACAAAGUGUAAACCAUGUCAAGCAUUCAGAUGCCCCUUUAAUGAAGAAAGCAUCAAGUCUUGAGAUGUUGCAAUCCAAGCAGAAUUCAUUUUCAGAGAAAGACAUGCAUGUAUCUGUGCCCAAAGAAAGAGGAACUCAGAGAUUGGAGUUGAAAAAGAGCCUUACGCCAAAGAGACCUGUUAGUGCUAAAAAGAGCUCUUGGAUGGGCCAAGAAAGGGUCCAAUCUGAUAUAACAGACACUUUUGAAGAGCAUGUCCCUCCAGCAGAAAACAUUAUCAUGGGAAACCAAAAUGAAAGAAGCUCCAGAAUGAAAAGAGGAUCAGAGUUUGAAUCAGGUGGUGGUAAAGGAAGAUCUGGACCGUUAAAGGCCAAUCAUCUUAUUAGCCAAGUGGUGAGAUCGCCACUCCCAAGAGAAACACAAACAGAUGUUUGGGCAGAAACCAGUGGUGUAAGUCAUGGUCAGAAUCUUACAACAAAGAGAUCUUUGUCAUUGACAAAUUUGAGAGGUACCAGCCCAGAGCUUUUAAGUGAGAGUGGAAGUGCAAGGAGCUCACAACACAGCAGCUUGAUGGAUACAACAUCAAUACGUCAGGCCGUGUUUGAUGAGUGGAAGUCGAAGAAAAGUGAAAGAUUGAGAGAGCAAAUGGCCAGCAAGUCUGCUGAGAAGAAAAAACUUGAAGAGAAGGAAAAAGAGGAACGUCAACGAAAAAAAGAUGCAAAGAUGGCUUUUGAAUCUUGGAAUGAAAAGAAACAAAAAGUAAACAAAGAAAAAAAUGCCAAGAAAAAGGAAAUAAUGAAUAAAGAACUGGAAAAGCAAAAAGAACAAAACCUUAGAGCAAGAGAUGCAAAAAAAUACUUUGAAUCUUGGAAGGCAAAGAAAGAUGAAGAACUUAAAAAGGAACAUCAUAAGAAGAAAGAGGAAGAAGUUAACAAGAUAAAGAAAAAUGAAGAAGAACAAAAGGAGAAAACUGUUGAUUCACAAAAAGCAUUUGACAACUGGAAAAAGGAAAAAGAUAAAAAGCUCACUGAAGAGUACAAGAAAAAAAGAAGGGAGGUAAAUAAUAACAGCAUGAAAGAAGAGGAAGAAAAGUAUGAGAGAAGCAUUCAGUGUGCUGAGCGUUAUCAGGCCUGGGUGGAAAAGAAAGGGAAACCACGCAGAGGACCACCUCCACCUACACUGACACAGAGGAGUUGGUGCCCAAGUGGCAGGAAGUCAGGCAACUGUAUUCCUGGUAAGGUAGGAGCUGUGAUUCAAGCUCCUUCUCCCAACAGAUCACGAACAAUGUCAGGAUCUUACUACUUCAAGCCAAACAAGUUUUGAUGCUGGGGAUAAUGCAGUUUCUUGGACUUUACUACCAUGAUGAUAUUUGGAAUUUCAAAUCCAACAGAAAAUUAGGAUUUCUUAUUUAAAUUCAAUUAAUUUUGACUGAUAUAUGUAUUUAUUAACUAAAAGGUUUUCUAGAUGUUUUUUAUUUUCACUCCAACUUAAUCAUUCAAUUGCUUCAUGAUAAGCUUAGGAGGAAAGUCUAGUUUACCUUCACACAAAUCAAAGACGCAAUAAUCUCAAAUUACUUAUAAAAAUUUUUAUUAGUUUAGCCAUUGGAUUCUUAAGAUUGUGAAAAUAGUUAGUAAAGAAUGUCAAGUAACAAGUGAGGGUAUUAUUUUUGUCUGAGUAAAAGCUCCUAGGGAAUUAACAGAAAAAUGACUGCAGAAAUUUCCAAGUACAUCGUAUGAAUACUAAAUGCUUGUUUUACCUUACACUUAACACCUUUCAGUAACAAAUAUUUAAUUCAAUGUAAACUUGCAAUACAAAUUCUGAAGGAGUUUUAACUAUUUUAAAUGACACAUUUCAAUUCUUGAGUAGGACUUCUGCCCAAUUUUUUCAGAGUUAAUUGUUAGUGUUAGUUAGACCAGUAAGAUCUUCAUUGAAUUGAGAACUGUCUAACAGUAAAAACAUAGUAUUUAUACAAAAGCCUAGGGUGUUACUGUAAAUGACAAAUUUAGUUACGUAAAGAAAUGAAGCCUCAAAUGACAUCUGUAUGUUCUGUAUCUUACUGAAUAUUCUUCAAAAACACUGAAGUCAUAACACAAGUUGAAAGUAACAAGAGAAGUACCCCUGCACUGAAUCUAGUUGAAAUCCUCAACAAUGGAGCCACGUGACAGAGAGAAGCACAUAAUCUGACUUAGCUGUACAUACUGAAGAGCCAAAAGCUUGAGUGUACAUGUUAACUAAGUUGGUGAAAAAUGUGGUACCCUUACUACUAGUGCACUGGACUCUGGUUUUUAAGGGCCACAUUCCAUAUCUGGCCAGAUCAAUGUGUUGUGUUCUUGGGCAAAACACUUCACUCUCACAGUGCCUCUCCCAAGGAGGAUAAAUGGGUACAAGUGAACUGUCAGGGUAGCCUGAGGAAGCCUGGGGAGGCCUGAGGAAGUGCUGGGAAAGAGGGGUGUGGUAACUUGCCAUGGACUGCCACCCCAUCCAAGGGGAGUUGCAAUACUCCAAGCCACUUUGUCUAUGAAAAUCAGGACAAGUUCCAAUAGAUAAGAGCAGACUUAACUUCUAGUCAUAGACAGGAUUUGCGACUCAUGAGCCAUUUUAACCUAAUUGCGUGUUGUUUUCUUCCAGAGGAUUAUUCCUUGCCUGCAAUCACAAUGUAUACUUUUUUAUUGAUUCAGUACUAAUAUCUCCAGGUGUAUAUUCACAGAAUUAAAUUCUACAUACUUGUAUAAUAUAUUUACAAAAUGUUGAUGAUACAUCUCUUCAAAACGGUGGUAUUCAUACUAGGAUCAACAUUGCCAGAUACAGAUCAGAAAACAACAAACAACUUGGACUGUAAAAUAGGUUUGAUUGUAUACAUUUACAUCAAUCCACCAAAAUAAAAAUUUUCAUAUCCUUCUGUUUUCACUUGCCAAGAACCAAUUCUUGGUCACACCUACAAAUGAAGAAUAUUUUUUUCUUCUCAAAAGAAUUGACUGCUUUUCCUCAUUAAGUGCUAAGGUCCAUUUCCUGCACUCCAGUCAUAGCUUCUUCCUCCUCAUUCUCUGGCAACUCUUCCAAAUUCUUGUCCUCAUUUUCCCUCAACAGCUCUACUUGAUAAUCUGAGGUAGAGUGCUCAAAGUAGCUGGCUAUGUGAUGCUGUCAGAAGCAACAGUACACAAAGUCAUGUAGGUUUAUAUGUGUCAUGAGCAAAACAGCCUUACAGUACCUGAACAGGGCUGUAAUCAGUCACGGUGCCUCAACCUGUUACACCCUAGCAUAAGUAUGCAUAUUCUCCAUACUGUUUUCUAUACAUUUCCUAAGAUGCUGACAAGGAGAUUUUUUUUCACAAUCAAGAGCUUCUUUAGUUUGUGAUCAUUUCCUUUAUUCUUGUGACUUUAAUGUUGGACCCAGGGGGGAUGAUGUAAAGCGAAAUUAGAUGCAAGCCACUCAAA